AUGAGUAGCGUUCGUGUUGAGUAUGGGUACUCGGUAUUCCGGUGCAAGGUCACUCCGGGAUCGCUUGCGAAUGAUAUCCUGCAGCAGGCUCUGGAACACUUCAAGUUGGAUGGCGGUAAGCAGCAGUGGACCCUAUCACAUGGGGGCAAGGCGGUAACUCUCUGCCUUCCAUUCCGUCAAUUAAACCUCCCUACUGGUUGUGCGCUGAAAUUGACAAGCGUCUCGUCGGGAAGCGUAGGGACAGCAGCGGUGACGAUUAAGUUUCAAGCCAUGGGCGUCGGAGUGCAGAUACGGCAGGUGAGCACCGGCGCGCUGGUGCAGGACGAGCUGCGUUUGACGUGCCAGGCUGCAGGGUGGCCCAUGGAACCAGUGGGGCAGUUCAUGGUUUCAUUAUUCUCGAAGACGCUAACCUUCGACGAAGUAGCGGGCCUCACAUUUCGCGAUCUGGGCGUCAACGAAGAUGUCAUGAUACGGCUAAGGCUACCUGGAAGUAACACACGGAAGAAUUCGAAUGCCAGUGUUGGCUCUGUUGGUGCACGUGCCAGUUCAUCUAGAAAGUCAGAAGGUUCUGGGAGCUCUCAGCGGUGCAAACCGGAGGAGCCGGCUCAGAAGACGCAUAGCCACACGAAGAAACUUCACAAGGUACUUGCCUUGGUUCCAUCACGCUCAAGCAGCACUUCAAAGGCGCCUGAGAAGCCGUUGGUCGAAGAAGACAGCGAAGGUGACUACGAACUCUCAGAGCAAGAUGUGCUUAAGUACCAGAGCAUGUUAGCAAAGAGGGCCAUGGGUGGUCCGCUGCUCACGAAACGCCUAAGGGAAGAAAUGGACAAUAAGACUCAUAAAAAGGUGGAGCAGUGCAAUAUACGUGUUAGACUACCCGACCUAACUCAUCUAGAGGCAUGUUUUGACAAGGAUGAUACCAUGGAGGAUGUUUAUAAACUUGUUUCACAGAGCCUUGCGUCGCCAUCGAUCGAGUUCACCCUUACGCAAUCAUACCCGCAUGUGAAGCUGGAGCGAUCAAAGCAGAAGCUUGUCGAUGAUCUGCAGUUUAGCAGUAGCACGCUCAUAGUGCUAGAUACUUCUCAUCCUGGGCCAUAUUUGAGGAAGAGCCUUCUAGAGAAAAGUAAGAAGAUAUCUGCUGCUAACAAGCAGUUGCAUGAUAAGGAGGCGUCCUCCAGUAAGACUGAGCAUGCUCCGAAGGAGAAGCUGUCACUAAAGAAGAUACCAAAGUGGAUGAAGCUGAGUAAGAAAUGA